CCUGAAAGGAGAGAGGAGUUAGUGAGUGCGAGAGCGGGUACUGUGAACUGGUUUACUAUGCUGCUAUCCUCAUAACAACACAUUCGGAAAUAUUAAGCCUAAUAACAGUAUUUAAGAAAAAGCGGAAAAAAGGCAAGCGUUUGCCUUCGGUUUACUUCAUCUUGUUUACAAGGAUAACUCCAUAUACCACAGGAAAGACAGCCUAAUGACUUGGUCUAGUGGAAGCCAGCGACACUAUGGAUUUGACUAAAAUGGGUUUGAUCCAACUCCAGAACCCCAGCCACCCCACAGCGCUCCUCCAGAAGGCAAACCAGAUGCGACUGGCAGGGACUCUCUGUGAUGUGGUUAUUCUAGUUGACAGCCAUGAGUUUCAUGCCCAUCGGACAGUGCUAGCUUGUACUAGCAAGAUGUUUGAGAUACUGUUUCACCGCAACAGCCACAAUUACACUUUGGACUUUCUGUCACCAAAGACCUUCCAGCAGAUUCUGGAAUAUGCAUAUACCUCCACACUCCAAGCCAAAGUGGAGGACUUAGAUGAUCUGCUAUAUGCAGCAGAGAUCCUAGAGAUAGAAUAUUUAGAAGAACAAUGCCUGAAGAUUUUGGAAACCAUCCAGGCAUCUGAUGAGAAUGACACAGAAGUCAGCAUGGCGGAAGGAGGAACAGAUGAGGAUGAAGAUCGAAAGGCCAGGUACAUCAAAAACAUGCUUAUGUCUAAGAAACAUUCCACGGAGGACAGUGGAUACACUAGUGUAAACCAGCAAGGGCUAGCCACAGUUACUAUGGUGGAUCAGAGUCCUUCUGUGUCAACAUCGUUUGGACUUGCCACCAUGAGCCCAACUAAGGCUGCAGUGGACAGUCUCAUGAGUAUUGGGCAGUCACUUCUGCAGAGCUCCCUUCAGCAACCUCCUUCAGAGGAACUGAUUUCUUUAAAUUCACGGCUUCCCAUGGUGUCGGAGAUAAAGACUGAAAUGAUGCAAGUGGAUGACGCAUCUAGUCAAGAGAGUCCUAGAACUGCUGAGUCCAGCUCCUCAUCUGGGGAAAAGAGCUCAGACUCGGACAAAAAUAAAGAUGGUCCUGGAACUCCAACACGCAGCAGUGUCAUCACAAGCGCUCGUGAAUUGCACUAUGUACGCGAAGAAAGUGUUAAUGAUCAACAAGGGGAAGGAGCCACAAUGGGGCUGGAUAGUGUGACUCCUUUUAGUGAGAAGCACCUCGCAUCUUUAUACUCGGUGCCAGCCAACCAUAAAAAUGAAACUCUACUUGCAGUUCCAGUCUCAAUGGCAUCUGCCCUGCAUUUACAGCCCACUUUAGCGAUGUCAAUGGACUUAAGUGCAUAUGGAGGGCUGUUACCCCAGAGUUUCAUUCAGAGGGAAUUCUUCAACAAGUUGGGGGAGCUUGCAUCUGGGAAGAAGCCCGACGCCAAAAGCCAGAAUGAGAGGUGUAAUGUAUGUGGGGCAGAAUUACCAGACAAUGAGGCAGUAGAGCAACACAGGAAGCUGCACAGUGGGAUGAAGACUUAUGGCUGUGAGCUCUGUGGAAAGCGGUUCCUCGACAGUUUACGACUGAGAAUGCAUUUGCUAUCACACUCAGCUGGUGCAAAGGCAUUUGUUUGUGAUCAGUGUGGAGCCCAGUUCUCAAAAGAAGACGCUCUGGAUUCCCACAGACGCACACAUACAGGUUCUGACAUGGCUAUCUUCUGCUUAUUAUGUGGUAAGCGUUUCCAGACGCAGACUGCUUUGCAGCAACAUAUGGAAGUCCAUGCCGGUGUCCGCAGUUAUAUCUGCAGUGAGUGCAAUCGCACCUUUCCAAGUCACACUGCUUUGAAGCGCCACCUCCGUUCACAUACAGGUGACCACCCAUUUGAAUGCGAGUUCUGUGGGAGCUGUUUUCGGGAUGAAAGCACCCUGAAGGGGCACAAACGGAUCCACACUGGAGAGAAGCCAUAUGAGUGCAAUGGCUGUGGCAAGAAAUUCAGCCUUAAGCACCAACUGGAGACCCACUAUCGUGUUCAUACAGGAGAAAAGCCGUUUGAGUGCAAGCUGUGCCACCAGCGGUCCCGUGACUACUCAGCCAUGAUCAAGCAUCUGCGGACUCACAAUGGAGCAUCUCCUUACCAGUGUACGAUCUGUCUAGAAUACUGCCCAAGCCUGUCUGCCAUGCAGAAGCACAUGAAGAGUCACAAGCCAGAAGAUAUCCCUCCCGACUGGAGAAUAGAGAAGACCUAUCUGUAUCUCUGUUAUGUCUGAGUGCAAACACACAAAGGGGAGAUAAAGAGCAAAAUUCUCUAACAGUAAAUGUGAAAGGGCUGGACGAGGGAAUAAAAUAAAAGGAAGGCCAGGGGCAGAUCAGUUCAAAGCAGAUGAGUAAGCUUGGUUUAUAGCCAACACUUUCCAUUUUCUGAAGAAGUAUGAACAAACAUUUCAAAAUAGUCGAGAAAUUUAAAACUCCCUAAUCCUCCCAUAUUCAUGCUUUGAGGUAAAUUAGUAUAGCUGUAAGUCUCCAUUCUGAAAUAUGUAUUAAGUGAUUCAUGAAAGGGCCUCAUCAGUUAAAGCAAAAUGCAUCUCUCUUCUUGUCUGUAGCACUGAUACCAGUUAGCAUCUUCCUAGCAGAGUUUGCUUAGUUUCUCUCUUGUCAGACUUGCAAGAGGUGCAACUGGGAGCCUUUAUUCCCGUCCAGAGCUUAUUUUGAAUAAAGCUCCAUUUUGAAAGAAACCAAGUUCUGGUUAAAAAAAAAAAAAAAAAAGGAAAAUAAAAGGCUUAGUUUUAAAAUGCCUUUUGUUUUAAAUGGACUUGUCUCUAUCUAUCAGUUUCUCUAGUCAGAUGUUCAUACAUUUGAGGUGUUUGUUGCUGUUCUGCACUGGUGACAUGGAAACACAGAGCACUUAAAUUCCCCAAAAGUUAUGGCUACAGUAUGUGGAAAGCUGGAAACUCCAAAAUGUUCUUUUCUAAAAGCAUACAUUUGCUUCUGUAGGACCUGAAGCUUCAGGUGUAUAAACAAAAUUAUCUGUUUUGUCAAGCGGCCAUUUAUUUAAAGGGCUUAUGUCAAACUGUAUCUUUACAGAAUGAAAAUGUGUCGAUGGAAAGCUCUCCAUUGCUGUUAAAUACCAUUGAUACACCAUACAUCAGGGUGCAGUGACCUGUGGGUGCAGCUUCUUCCAGAUUGGGGGAGUUCUCUUAGAAAAAGAAAUUCAUUACAUGUUUAAAAAAAAAAAAAGAAGAAGAAGAAGAGGUUAUGUCUGCUUUUGUAAAGGGACUUUUUCUUCUUCUGUGUUUAACUGUUGUAUCAGCUGCCUAAAAACUGAACGCACCAGACCGGCUUUGGCUUUCAUUUUGGCCUGUUGUGAUAUAUAUAUAUUUUUUUUUUUUUUUAUAUUAAUCUGACCCAUGGGGAGUUUUCGAUUAUCUGGAUUAUUAAAAAAAAAAAAAAUCAAAAAAACUGUCCAUAUUCAACAGAAUAUCUUGAAAUAGUAAUAUUUGUAUUCUAAGAAAUGUUCAUGCCAGUUAUAGUAGUGACCAAAAUGAUGUGUGGUGUUAACUGUUAGCCCUUUACAGACUCCAACAAUGUGGUAUUUGGUUUGAUUUUUUUUUUCCUUCAUAAUAAUAAUGCUCUUCAUAUAUCAAGUUCUCAUGCUUGAGCUAUUUAAGCCUGCCCUCACUGGGAGUUUAAAAUAAAAAAACAAGUUAAUUACAAUUGUUUGUAAGUAUAUCAAAAUCAACGUUAGUUUUGUUCUUUCAUUUGUGUACCUUUUGAUGUAUUUUCAGCACAUUGUACUUGAAUUACCUCUUUUAUGUGACCUCAUCAGCGCUUUUUAAGGUGUGUGUGGUUUGUUUUUUUUUUUUGUAGGUAGUAGGAAAAAAAGAAAGGGUUACAAGUGAUCUAUACUCUCAAAUAAGGAGUAUUUAAGUGCCGCAGCUUAAAUAGCAUGCUUUUUUUUUUUGUUUGUUUAAUAAUUAUUAAAAAUGUGCAUUAUUAUUUUUAUUUUUACCAAAAUAGGUAUUUUGAAACUGCCCGCAAAUAUUUCUGACAAGAGUCUCGGGAGUUUAUCUUGCUUUUUUUUUUUUUUUUUUUAUUCCAGCGGGUUAUUGUUCUGGAAGCUACCUCUGAAUAUUUUUUUUUUAUUUCUUUUCUCCCAUAUAUGUUUGAUGAUGUUAUUUGUGUUUAUUUACAUUGACUUUUUAAAUGUCAUUGCAGAUUCAUCUCAUGCUUUAUUUUCAGUUAUAUAUAAAAUAUGGUGUACUUUUUUUUUCUUUUCUUCCCCAUUAUUGCAAAUAGUAGAUACUGUAUUAAAGUUUAGAAUCUUAGAUGUAACUGUAGAUAGAAGUAAAGAAAGUAAAGAGACUUAAAAAGAAAAAGGUAGAUGAAAGCUGUUUCUUCCUUCCAUUUCAAGAAUAUGGCAAAAGAAUUUUAUCUUGAGCUUAAUGAAAUGGUUCUGGUCAACAUGUGAGGCACCCAUUGUAUAGUGAAAGAGUAGAACUCUUUUGGGAAAUAUAAGGAGCAAAAAGUGUUAAACUUGAAAUAUUUGAAUAGAAUUAUAGCUUUGUAAUGUGAAAAAGUGGAUUCAGAUGACUUUGAAUCACAAAGGGCAGGUCAGGUAUGCAUUAAUGCAGCAUGCGGAGGACAAUUGUGGACUGCAGAUGAUUAUCAGAAGAAAGGAAAUCAGACAGGCAGACACUGAUGGUUAGAAUUCCUCAUGGUGAAGACCAUCCUGUUCCGACAGACCCAGAUUUACAAUAGAAUAGUUUGCUGUUUUUGUGUUAGUUGAUCAGGCGCUUUUGGUUUAAACUAAAGAAAACUUUUUUUUUUUUUUGAUUUUGUUUUUCUCCUGCACCCCACUUUUUGUUAUGUCUUGUUGUUUUGUUAUCAAAUACAGUCUUAAAUUUUAUACAGAUGUUGUAUUUAUUGUUGGGUUCCAGGUGUCAAAAGUUAGUGAGAUUCUCAGUCUUGAGGCUGUACAGUCAGGUUCUAGAGAAGGGUUAAAGCAAUCAGAAGCUACUAGUCUGGCUACUAGCGUUAAUGAAACGAGAUGGUGGGGGAAAGUAAAUAUUCUCUUAGAAGUGUCAUCAGUAUAGUUUGGCGAACUGAAAAAAAUCGCUGAACUGUUUAAGAAAAAAAGAAAAGUCUGCGGUGCUGAGUGUCACACCUCUGUGACAGAACUUCAUUUUGUGUAUCACACUGCCAAAGAUUAGAAUUCUGUGAAUAUCAGUGUAGAAAACGCAGAAGGAUUAGAAUGGCAGGUCAUUUGAACAGGAGAGCCGCAUGAAAAAGCAAGACUAGCUGAAAAGCCGAGGCAACGACUGUGAGGAACACAGCCUGAGUUGUGCAGUUCAUUGCAGAUUUCAAAGGUGAGCAGGAGCUGGCUAGUGUUUAUGUAGUGUCUUCAGAUCUGCUUGUAUAGCAAUGCAGACUUCUACCUUUUUGUAGUUUCAAACACAGAAAAGGUAAAUUUGGCUUAAAUAGGCAUCCUAAAUAUUUUCAACUGAAAAAAAAAAAUGAAUGACUUGAUUUAUUUACCUGCAGUGUAACUCCUAGAGUGACUUUUAGGUGUCUCUUUAAUCUGUGUGCCUAAACCGAAAUCUUUAAGGAAAUGUCCAUCAGUGAGUGUGUAGAGUUUCCGUGCCGAGUUGUUACGUCAUCCGUCAUCUAAAAUGGGCUUUUUUGGCCAUGUUUUGCUUCCUAUUAAGAGCAGUGUUUGUUUAUUUUAGAAUUGUUUUUUUUUUUCUUUUCUUCAUAGUAAAAACAUCAUUGUGAACGUUUCCAAGUGUGUUCCUAACUUCUGUAACGUGUUCGGUAGCUUUGUUGUGUUAUACGAGGCCAUUAUUUCUGUGACUGUGUUACAUGUUUAAAGAUGAGGCUCUAAUCAAAAUGUAGCUUUAUUUUGCAAACAAUCAAGUUCCAAUGUGGGUGCUUUUUUUAAGCUUGCUUGUUAAGGUCAUGCUUCUUUUGAUAGAUUACCUGACUCUGUUAAAAAUUGCUUUAAAUGUAACUCGUGUGUGUCAAUGACAUCUAAUUGAAAUGUGACUAAGGAAUGCUUUGUAAUGCCAGUAGCAAGUCCAGUAACGUAAUUUCACAUCCACUACCUUCUCUGUUUCUUUUCGCAGUAGUUAUGAACUGACCAGCCACAAACAUACAUCAAACUCGAAGGCUCUUACAAAGCCUGUUCAGUAGCAAGAAACACUUGGCAGACUUUAAUGGUUUUCUGUGCACAUGUGAAUUAGCCCAACUUCAUUGUGUGUGUCAUUUUGGCAGCACCCUGCAGUUGGGUUUUUUGCUAACUGAUAAUCCUGGUACUUAAAUAACCAAGCAAGGUCGCACAAGGCUGCCACUACAUUGAAUUUGAAUAGCGUUCCCAUAUGCAGCACCCAAAAAGUUGAUCACUGUGGUUCAGUGUGUUGGGGGAGAGAAACCUUCUCAAUCAGUAUUGUUACCAUAGUAUGCAUGUGUCGGGCCAUUAGGCUACUGUACAAUGUGAUCGAGUGUUGCACCCAAUGCAAUGUCUGUGCUUUUUUCCCCCCCUUUGUUUUCUUCUAAUAAUUAUGUCUGUCUUACAGCACUGAGGACCAAUUGCCCUGUCGGACCAAGUAUAACAAUUUUCGUUUGUUUUUUUUUUUUUUUUGAUUUAACUUUUUUGCCCACCCUUUCCAUUUUAUUUGUUUGGUUUGGCUUGCCUGUUUUAUGACAGCAAAAGUGCCAGUCUGAUUGCUCUGUAUUAAUAAGAAAAGUGUUUUGUUUCUUUCAUAUAUAUGUAUAUUUAUAUAUAUUUGUAUAUGUACACAUGUAUAUAUGUGUAUAUAUAUUUAAAUAUAUAUACAUAUAUGUAAAAAUGUAUAUAAUUUGAUUUUGAUGUUAUAGUUACGUCUACCUCAGCACCUCAUCUUAACCUAAUUUUGAAGGUGCCCUGCUUUUGUGUUGUUUUUAUUUGUUUUUUGGGUCAUUUUGUUUAAUUUUAUCAAAAUUUUAUUGGAGUUAAUGCUUUGCAAGGUCCUUUUAUUCUUUUCUUGUUUGUUUUAUGUUUUUACAAAAACAGAAUUAAUAAUUAAAAAUUGUUUUCUAAGCACUGCAUUACUACUUAGUGGACAGAGAAUCUUUUUUUUUUUUUUUUUUUUUUUUUUUUCUUUGUUUUGAUCUUUUUUAUUUUUCUUUUUCUUUUUUUGGUGGUGUUUUUCUUUCAUUGUAGGUUCAAACGCAUUUUGUAAGUUUUUCAGUGUUUCUCUGAUGGAGUGUGGAAAAAAAUAAAUAAUUAAAAGAGAUAAAUGCUGCAGGUUUUUUCUCCAUGUUGUCACUAAGUGAAGUUGUGCCUUCAAUAGCGAAAGAGAAUAUUUUUUACAUCCUACUAACAGUAGAGUUUUUGUAGUGAACAUUUUUUGUAUUUUUUAUUUAUAAGUCCUCAUAAGGAGAUAACAAUGUUCAGUUGUAAACCUUGAAUCUGCAGUUAGAAAAAUAAAGAAAAUGGACUUA